AUGUCCUUGGAUGUCCUCGGCUCAGCUCGCUGCCUGCCACGUGGGCGUAUUUACCCACAGCAGCCAGGCAGCAGGGAGGCGGCUGAGGCUGUGGGCUGGAUCCAGUGGGUCCCAUUUCCCGGCUGGUGGCGAGCGGUGGCUCCCCUCUGGGUGCCACAGGGUGACCUCCGCAGGGCAGGGGCAGAGCUGGAUGAAAGGAAUGACCUGAGAAGGCCGGUGUGUGGAGAGAUGGUUGAGCUGCAGGCCUGCCCCCUGGUGAACUUGCCUGUCUGUGGGACCGAUGGGAACACCUACGCCAAUGAGUGCUUGCUCUGUGUGCAGAAAAUGAAAACCAGGCAAGACAUUCGGAUUUUGAAUGAUGGGGAGUGCAGAGAUGUCUGAGCUUUCUGGUGGCUUUCCUGAGCCUGGAAACAGGUGAUUAAUUGAUCCUGUGUGCUCUGUGCAGAUUGAACAUUUCAGUCAGUGAUGGCGAAUAAUAAAAUUACAUGCAUAAUCUUA